AUGCCCCGGUACACGGUGCACGUGCGCGGCGAGUGGCUGGCCGUGCCCUGCAAGGACGGGCAGCUCACGGUGGGCUGGCUGGGCCGCGAGGCCGUGCGGAGGUACAUCAAGAACAAGCCGGACAACGGGGGCUUCGCCUCGGUGGACGAGGUGCACUUCCUGAUGCGUCGCUGCAAGGGCCUAGGCCUGCUGGACAAUGACGACCCGCUCGAGGUGGCCCUGGAGGACAACGAGUUCGUGGAAGUGGUCAUAGAAGGGGAUGCCAUGUCUCCUGACUUCAUUCCAUCGCAGCCAGAGGGAGUUUACCUGUACAGCAAAUACCGAGAGCCUGAAAAGUACAUCGACUUAGAUGGGGACAGCCUGACCACGGAGGACCUGGUCAACUUGGGCAAGGGGCGCUACAAGAUAAAGCUCACCCCGACUGCGGAGAAGAAGGUGCAGAAAUCCAGGGAUGUCAUAGACAGCAUCAUAAAAGAAAAAACGGUUGUGUACGGCAUUACGACCGGUUUUGGGAAGUUUGCCAGAACUGUGAUUCCUAUCAAUAAGCUAGAGGAGCUCCAGCUCAACCUAGUGCGUUCACAUUCGGCAGGUGUUGGGAAACCACUCAUCCCUGAGAGAUGCCGGAUGCUCUUGGCUUUGAGGAUCAAUGUCUUAGCCAAAGGAUACAGCGGCAUUUCCCUGGAGACCCUCAAACAAGUUAUCGAAGCAUUUAAUGCCUCCUGCCUGCCCUACGUUCCAGAGAAAGGAACCGUUGGUGCCAGUGGAGACCUUGCUCCACUCUCUCAUCUUGCUCUUGGCCUAACUGGAGAAGGGAAGAUGUGGUCUCCAAAGAGUGGCUGGGCUGACGCGAAAUACGUCCUGGAAGCCCAUGGAUUGAAACCAAUAGUGUUGAAGCCAAAAGAGGGUCUGGCACUCAUCAACGGGACGCAGAUGAUCACCUCCCUGGGCUGUGAAGCUGUGGAGAGAGCCAGUGCUAUUGCGAGGCAGGCUGACAUAGUGGCGGCCUUGACCCUGGAAGUGCUGAAAGGCACCACCAGAGCCUUCGAUACCGAUAUUCAUGCCGUUCGCCCUCAUCCUGGGCAAAUUGAAGUUGCUUUUCGGUUUCGGUCACUCUUGGACUCGGAUCACCACCCAUCAGAAAUAGCAGAAAGUCACAGGUUCUGUGACCGCGUACAGGACGCGUACACCUUGCGCUGCUGUCCACAGGUCCAUGGUGUGGCGAAUGACACAAUAGCGUUUGUGAAGAAACUGAUUACCACAGAACUAAACAGCGCGACAGAUAAUCCUAUGGUCUUUGCCAGCCGGGGAGAGACUAUUUCGGGAGGAAACUUCCAUGGUGAAUACCCAGCCAAAGCCCUGGACUUUUUGGCCAUCGGUGUCCACGAACUUGCUGCGAUUAGCGAAAGAAGAAUUGAAAGGCUCUGUAACCCCUCCCUCAGCGAGCUGCCUGCCUUCCUGGUGAGCGAAGGCGGCCUGAACUCCGGAUUCAUGAUAGCCCACUGCACAGCCGCAGCCCUAGUUUCUGAGAGCAAGGCUCUGUGCCACCCCUCGUCUGUGGACUCCCUCUCCACCAGCGCUGCCACGGAGGACCAUGUCUCCAUGGGAGGAUGGGCAGCGAGGAAGGCCCUCAGGGUCAUCGAGCACGUGGAACAAGUGCUGGCCAUCGAGCUGCUGGCAGCCUGCCAGGGCAUCGAGUUCCUCCGCCCCCUGAGGACAACCACUCCCCUGGAGAAGGUCUAUGACCUGGUGCGCUCGGUUGUCAGGCCCUGGAUAAAAGAUCGCUUCAUGGCUCCGGACAUCGAGGCAGCUCACAGACUGCUCGUUGACCAAAAGGUGUGGGAAGUAGCUUCGCCAUACAUCGAAAAAUACAGAAUGGAGCAUAUCCCUGAAUCAAGACCUCUUUCUCCGACGGCCUUUUCCCUGGAGUCUCUGCGCAGGAAAUCCAGCACUAUCCCAGAGUCCACGGAGCUGUAA